AUGACAGCUCGAAUUUACAAUUAUCACUGCCAGUUGGAAACGCAGAACCAAACCAAAAAACUCACGAUGAGUAGCCAAAGUAUGUUUUUCUACGAGUUCACACGCAAAUCGGAAGACGAAAUUACUUCCACGCUGAAAGAAACUCCAUCGCUUUUGACCCAAAAAGACGAGUGCGCACGGCUCUUGAUACACUGGGCAGCACUCAGUGGACGGGAACCGCUUGCUAAAUGCAUCCUCGAUCACCAUCCGGAGCAGCUCGAUGCGGAGGAUGACUCUAACUACACCCCACUUAUACUGGCCGCCCUCGGCGGACAUCUGCCGGUCGUGACGCUGCUAGUACUGCGCGGUGCUACGGUGGACAGUCGCAAUUCGCUCGGCCAUUCCGCACUACAGUACGCCUGUUCGAAAGGUUUUCUGCCGGUCGCCCGGUAUCUGGUGGAGUCCGGUGCGAACGUUAACAUACAGGACCGAUUGAAGGAAACGCCACUGCACCGUGCGGUGAACCGCGGUAUGGAGGAGCUGGUCACGCUGCUACUGGAGAACGGUGCCAAUCCUAACCUCGCGAACAGUGUCGGCAACACACCGCUUCAUUUGGCGUGCGAGGAAGAUCAGCGUGUUUGUGCUGUUCGGUUAAUGAAGGGCGGUGCGUCGUCGUUUAUAGAAAAUCGGUACGAAAAAACUCCACUCGACCUAGCGACACAUGCCACACGCAAAGCACUAACGAACAUCGCACAGGAAGACACCUCCUAG